AUGGCCAGGACGCGAAGGCGCGCCCGGAUUCGGUCUCGGACUUUGGAUUCUUUCUUUGGUGACGGGGAGGACCGGAACAUACAGCCUAAAGAGGACAGCAAGGUCAUAGAGCCUACAACCAAGGCCUCCAGGAGGAACAUGAGCUGGCCCCAGACCAUGGAGGAACUCGAGAAGGAUUUGGAGGGGCAAGUUGGAGAGGUGGAGGAAGAAUUGGGAGGAGAGAUGAGAGGGAUGCGAGAGAACCAUGGAAAACGGAACUCGAUUCACUUUUUACUCUCAGCAUUAGAGAGGCAGAUCUUUGACUUCCUUGGCUUCCAGUGGGCACCAAUUCUUGGAAAUUUUCUACACAUAAUAGUUGUCAUCUUGGGCUUGUUUGGAACCAUUCAGUUUAGACCUCGAUACAUAGUGGUGUACACCGUGUGGACUGCCCUCUGGGUCACCUGGAAUGUUUUCAUUAUCUGCUUUUAUUUAGAAGUAGGCGGGCUGUCUAAGGAUACCGACCUAAUGACAUUUAACAUCUCAGUGCACCGGUCUUGGUGGCGAGAACAUGGACCAGGCUGCGUACGGAGAGUGCUGCCACCUUCAGCUCAUGGAAUGAUGGAUGACUACACUUAUGUCUCCGUGACGGGCUGUGUGAUUGACUUUCAGUACCUGGAGGUCAUCCACAGUGCCAUCCAAAUACUGCUUUCUUUGAUUGGCUUUGUGUAUGCCUGUUAUGUGAUCAGUGUUUUCAUGGAGGAAGAGGACAGCUUUGACUUCAUAGGUGGACUUGACACACACUCCUACCAUCAGUCCCCCCAGGAUCAUGUUGAAUUAAAGCCUGUUAAACCUAAAGAAUAA